GGCUUGAAAAAAAUAGAUUAGUUUAGUAUUGCCGUGAUUUGGAUUAUUCUCGUAUUGGCGUUAUUAGGUUUAUUAUUUCGCACAGUGGAUUUUUACCUACCAUCUGAGUUCGAAGAAUUUUUAAUAAGUUAUCGCUUCGCGUCAAACUACGCGCUCGAAUUGUUCGACCGUGAUUGAUUAUUACCCUACAUACACAAAAAUUAAACCAGCGUAUUUCUUCCUGGGUCUAGUGACGCAAGACCUAGUAACUUUCUAUUCUGUAACCAAAGUGUAACAGAAGCAAAACCUUCGGGAUUUGUUCCUAUUUUGUCGUACAGUGAACCCAAGUACCAAGGACGAAAACGUUUUUCGACUUCAAUGAUAACUAUCAAUUAUAAAAGUGCGUUGUGAAAGUUCGUCGUGUAAAUUUAAAUAUGGACUCAUCAACAAUUUGUUGAUUAAUUCUCAAAGUAUUCGUUGUUACGAUGUGUAUUCAUAGUAAAACCAUUUUGUCUUUGACUAAUAUGGAUGGUCAAGUCUUCUAAUCUCGAUGAAAAUAGACAUUACUUACCCUUGAAGGAUGCUCAUCGUUUUUCGUUCGUAAUUAGGACACAAAAAAAAACGAAAAUGUAUGGGUAGAACAGUAGCUAUACUAUUAAAGCACUGAUGCUUCCCUUCAGACUAAUCCGAAUUGUUCCUCGGUUGCGGGGUUGUGGAGAGAAAGUAGAACGCGAUGAGAACCGGCAUGAAAUCGUGAAUUGAGCGGAACACAUCGUCUGUGAGGGAAAAAAAGAAAGGCUAUGAAACUCGAUGUCCUAUUUCUUCUUCCUCUGUUCACUUUAACAUUCACACUGCAACGUGCCACCGAGGAAUUAACAGGUCUUUCGUUCGACGUCCACCAGUUUCUGUUCGCUGUAAUUCUCCACAAAAUCCGGAUUGGCAAUGAAGGCUGUACGAGUGCAUACAUUUGGAGGUCCAGAGGUCUUGAAAGUUGAAACUGAUGUUCCAAUUCCUGUUCAUACUGAGAGCCAGGUACUCAUUCGGGUUGGCUCAGCUGGUGUAAAUCCAGUUGACACCUACAUCAGGAUGGGAUUAUUUGCUCAGUUGCCAACCUUGCCUUACAUUCCAGGCCGUGAUGGUGCUGGGACUAUAGAAAAAAUUGGUUCAGAAGUUGACAAUCUCAAGGUCGGUGAUCGCGUUUUCUUUUCCGGGGCCAGCGGCUCUUACGCAGAGUAUGUCGCUUGUGAAUCGCGUUCAGUGUUCCACCUGGCUGACCGCCUCUCCUUCGCCCAAGGGGCUGCCCUAGGUGUACCUUACUUCACGGCCUACCGUGCUAUAUUUAUUAAAGGGAAGGCAAAGGCCGGUGAUCGUUUGUUGGUACAUGGAGCUAGCGGAGCUGUUGGAUUGGCCGCCUGUCAAAUAGCCAAAGCACACGGUAUGACCGUCGUCGGAACAGCCGGAUCACCCCAGGGAAUGGAACUGGUGAAAAACAAUGGAGCGCAUCUGGUAUUCAAUCAUAGGGAGAAGGGAUAUUUGGAACAAGCUGCUGAGGCUGUGGGCGGUGACGGCUUUGAUGUUAUUAUCGAAAACGCAUCAGACAUCAAUCUCGGUCCGGAUUUGACCGUCAUCGGUCCCGGAGCUCGCGUUGUGAUUGUGGGCAAUCGAGGCAACGUCGAAAUCAGCCCUCGUUUCCUGAUGACAGAAGAGGCUUCUAUCGUCGGAUGCGCCCUUUUCAGAUCGACUCCGGAGGAGUGGCGUCAAACUGCUGCAUCGGUGGUGGCCGGUGUAGAAAUGGGCUUCCUAACGCCGUUCAUCGACAAAGAAUACCCAAUGGAGACUGUUCAAGAAGCUCAUGCCCAUGUCCUCAGUCACGAAGGAGGAUCUCGUGGCAAACUGGUCCUGACAAUGACGUAGAUGUCCUCGGUGAAUGAAGAAGUAGAUUUUUUUUUUCCUAAGCAUGUUUACGUUUUUUUGUUUCCUUUUUCCUAAAAUUUUUCCGUUUUGAAUGAACGCAGCCUUCGGACACAUUGCCACUGUUUCUCUUCUCUUUUUACCCUUUUUCUCAGAUACUAGGUAUAAUGGAUCCGUCCUCUUUUUUUUGUUUAAAUUCCUCUUCUCUCUGUUUCGAAAAUGUAUGAUUCAGUCAUGUGUGUGUACGUCUGAAGGCUUUGCUAAAGGAAUGUUGCAACCAAAGGAAUUCACUACCGUGAAUCGUGCAAGUCUUUAUUCUGUCUCCCGCCCCCUGCCUCAUCCCAUAUAAAGGAUAGAAAUAUAUUUCUCCCCUAUA